GUAUCUUAUCUCUGCUACUGCUUAAGUAUGGCAGUCCCAUUUCCCCGCUUGGAACUCGACAAGCUUGUCACUCACAAUGUCAACGUGCGAUGAUCGUGGCGUUGGAUACGCCUACUAUCAGUCCAUGAAGAAUCACGGGAAGAAGACGGCUCAGUUUGAUGUAGUCACCAAGAAAGAGCAGAGCUUCGAGGAGCUAUUGCAACGUUGCAUCGGCGCCGCCCUCGCCAUCGAAGAUGCUGGGCUAAAACCUGGCGACUUCGUGACCACGUGCUCCCUGAAUCACCUGGACGUUUGCGUUCCUUACCUCGCGUCUUUGUUUACUGGCACGAUUAGCGCGUCUGUUGAGGCUACGAUGCCCGCGCAGGAAAUGGUCUACCUUCUAAACCAGGUCGGUCCCAAAAUAAUUUUCGUUGGUCCAGAAGCGGUGGAGGUGGUGGAAGAGGCUGUGGAGAAGCUCGACACUAAGCCGCUGAUUGUUGUCUUUGGUGACACCGGCUGCUACCCUUCUUUCUCCGACUUCAUCGCGCCUUUUUCGGGGGAGAAUGCGUUUCGGCCGCGGAUACCGGAGAGUCUAGAAGAAACCGCCUUGGUACUUUUCAGCAGUGGAACAACUGGCUUGCCCAAAGGUAUCUGCCACACGCACAGAUCGAUGUUGGCCAAUAGCGAGUACUGGAUUGUAGACGAUUGCUCUACAGCCGCUUGGUUCACGACGCCCUAUUGGUCCACUUUCUACCUCAAUCUGCACAUGUGCAUUCGAAACGGGUUGUGUAGAGUGCUUCUCCCACCUUUUGACAAAAACAAUCCAUGGUCAGUACUGGAGCACAAAAUCGACUUCCUACUGUCAAAUCCGCUGCAGGCGCUCGCUUUUACAAAGCAAAGCCCUCGUGACAAUGUCGACCUGGGAAACUUGUUUCGCUUCACCUUCGCAGGUUACGGCUUGCCCGAAGCGCACAUUUUGGAGCUCCGGAAGAAGUUCCCCAAGUCUGAACUGGUAAACGUGUACGGACAGUCGGAAUUCUUCGGCGUGCCCUUCCAGUUCCCUUGCGAUUCCCGCGGACUGAGACUCUCGCGAAAAUAUCCUACGUCCGCAGGAACUCCCAAAAGCCACAUCUCGUGGAAGAUCGUCGAUUUGGAAACGGGGAAGCCGCUCGGCCCCAACCAGCAAGGCGAGCUUCUGAUUAAGGCAGAUUUUCAGUGCAAGGGAUACCACAACCGCGACUCGUCCGAGGUGUUCGACUCGGAGGGAUACGUGAAGACCGGAGAUAUCGCCUACUACAACGAGGAAAUGUGCUUCUUCAUUGUCAAUAGGAUCAAGGAGAGUUUUAAGUAUCAAGGCAUCCACAUCAUACCGAGCGAAAUCGAGGCCGUCCUCCAGUCGCAUCCUUCCGUGGCGAGGGUCGUGGUUGUUGGUCUGCCACACGAGACCGAUGGCAAUCACCCCAUGGGCGUCGUCGUGCUAAACGAUAAGGCAGGGAAGGUGUGCGAGGGGGAACUGUUAAAGUUCAUCGAGGAUAGGGUUGAAGAUAAGAAUAGGCUGAGAGGGGGAGUGACGUUUGUUAAAAAACUUCCCUUGACUGUCACUGAGAAGCUCAAUCGCUUUAAGCUUACACAACUUGUGCUCAGUAAUCAAUUACAUUUACUCAACUAAUUUACGGUUCGAAUCCACUUCAAGUUUUUUUUUAGAUCCGAAAUCAAAAAGUCAAAUGGGUGGGCGUGCGUUGUUUCAUGGAACAAAUUGUGAAACUUAGGCUUCAAAUACAAUGCUAUAGAACCCAUCACUUUUUGAAUUCACGUUUUAGGUUGCUUAGUGCUUCGGGCAUUGGAAUUGAUAACUGUCGAGCAAAGUACAGCGCCUCAAUUGCUGUCUCGCAAUAAAAGUGUUCCUAUCGAAGAUAAAAUGA